UAGCUUUCAUUUGUUUUGAUUUGCUCUGCGUGCGUUGGCUUUUCCGGCCUAUUAUCCGGCUAAAACUGAAAUGGGCAAGAGCAAGAAGCAGGUGCGCGAGUUCAAUGCCGCCAAGGAGGCCGUGGAGGCCACCAACGCCCGGCUGGACACCUGCAACGACGCCUACACGAGCGGGGCCUUCAAGUACCUGAGAUUCCUGGUCCAUCUCCUGGCGGCGGCUCAGUUCUCCUACGGGAUGUACUACCACUACUUCCGGGUGCACUGGCCCACGGAUUUGCUGGACGAGGACGAGCUGAAGGCCCGCUGGGGCGGCAAGUUCAAGUACCUCACCUUCCUGGACGUCAUUCUGCAGGCCAUCUACCACUCGCUGGCCCUGCUGAACGAUCUCUUCGGCGACAACAAGGUCUCCGGGGAGUCAAAGUCCAGGCUGAGAUCGGCGAGGGACUAUGUGUUCGCGGCCUUCGCCUUCCCCGUCGCCCACAACGUGUGCCUCUCGUUCUGGGUCAUUUACAUCUGGGACCGUGAGCUCAUCUUUCCCUCGGCGCUGGAUGCGAUUUUCCCCAGCUGGCUGAACCACGUCGUGCACACGAAUGUGGCCCUUCUGGCCAUCAUGGACCUGUUUACCUGCUUCCGCCGCUACCCCAGUCGACUGGCCGGCAUCACGGGCAACGUCUCCUUCAUCCUGCUCUACAUCAUCUGGCUGCACAUCGUUCGCUACUUCAGCGGCGAGUGGGUGUAUCCCAUUCUGGAGGUGCUGCCCUUGUACCUGCGCUACCUGUUUCUGGCCCUGCUGGUGGGCUUCAAUCUGGUUUGCUAUCUGCUCGGGGAGUUCGCCAACAGCAUUGUCUGGGCUCCGGAGUUCAAGCUGCUGAAGCAGCAGAAAAUCAAACAGGGUUAGAAGUCGAGGAUUUAAAAUCGAUUUAUUAGUUACACAAAAGUAUGAGAUAUUUUGUAAACUUAUAGGCACUUUUCGAGGUACGAUUUGUUUGCCGCGAGAGGCUUUUUAAUAUCGUACUUAAAUGUAUAAUCUAGGAGUCUAGUUUAAAGCCCAUUACCCACGGCAAGGGAAAAUGAUCGGAAAAUAGGGUCAUUGACAUUUCCAUUGGCGUGAGUAGCAGGAUUAAGGAAACAGUCAUUCACAAACGUACACGGAGAUUCGAAAUGCUUACGGGCUAAAUGGGAAGAUGGAUUUGUAUAAUAUCGUUCGCUGCUUAAUGUCUAUGAGUAUUCGUAAUUCGUAGUUGUAGUUUCGCCUAUACUGCUCAAUAAAACAAUUAAGUAGAAACUCUGGGGUCAUCGCAAUGUAAACUGCAUAAAAAACGUACAUUUAACCUGCCUCGGAUUUUUGUUCUACUUCGGUUACUUAAAAAUUCCAUAUAUUUUUGUAUAAAAUAUCACUUUCUGAUUCUUGUGAACUAAUAAAAAAUUGAUUCGAAAGUAUCAA